UUGGGGGCCGCUCCCCGAGGUUUUUUAUGGCGCCCCCCCCCCCCCCCCCCCCUCUUCCCCCCCUCUGCACCAGCUCUCUGGGUUCGGCCCUGGGCUGGACGGUGAGCAUCCUCGAGGUGUCGAGCGCCACCCGCGGCUCCUCCGAGUCCCGGGCGCCGCGCGUCGUCGUGGAGGCGCGGGUCGGCUUCUUGAGCUUCGACGGAGGAGCGGUGGUUCCCUCGGAGGAGGUCACGGAGAAGCUGCGGAGCCAAUCAGCCGCCGUGAGGGCGGAGCUUGUCAAAGUGUUCGGGGAGGGGCUCCAAUUCCAGGUGGAGGUGGAGGCAAAGUCUCCAAGUCCCGCCUCCAGCCAGGCCGUGGUCAUCGCUCUGUCCGUCAUGCUGGCCCUGAGCAUGCUGGGAAUGAUCGUGGCCGUCGCAUUGAUCGUCAGGUUCAAGUGGACGCAGAAGCUUCCGGAGAGCGAUAAAGAGAGUUUUGACAUCGACCGACGUGAUGAAUUCUACACGAACGGGUCCAAGGACCUUCUGAAAACCUCCCAACAGGGACAGAAGUCAGACGAGAAGAGAGACAAGGACCAGCAGCAGAGGACGGACAGAGAGACGGAGGACGGAGACAGCCGCACUUCUUCUCUUUGAUCCAAACAGCUUUAGGUCUGAUUGUUUGUUUAAUUACAGUAAGUUCAUACAUUUAAGGCAAGAUUUGUUCAUUUGCAAAUAUUUAGAUUCUUCAAGAAUUCCAUAAAUGUUUAAUCAUUUAUAAAAUAUAAUCAGUGUAAAGCAUCCCCUGCUUUACGGUCUAUUUGCUAUAAACACAUGUUUACUGAGGGAAUACAUCAAGAGAGAAGUAGAGUCACUUUCUCAUAGACUUCUAUGGGGCCAGAGGAGUCGCCCCCUGCUGGUCACUACACAGAAUGCAGCGUUAAAGAAACUACACGUGGCUUCACUUUUCAGAGUGAUGUAAACUACAUGAAAUCUUCAGCCUCCGUAGAACCAAACAGAACUAGACUGAGCAUCUAAUAAUUGUAUAAUAAUCCUCUGUAAUUUCGCCUUGUGUUCAGACGGAAUAUAACAAAUGCCAUUUUAUUAUAGAAAACUGAACCUCAAUUAAAUUGGUUUGAUUCAUUGGUAAAUCGUCAGAGAUCUAAAUUCAAUUGUUACUUCGUAUUGGCAGGUUUUUUCUUUUUUUUGAUGCACCUGUUUUGAAAAUAAUGCGUGAGCAGAUCGAUCCACAUCUGACUCGAUAAGUCAAUAUUCUAUUUGCAACAUAUAUUAAAAAAAGGAAAUAUUUUCUGCGUUUUACAUUUGUAAAUGUAAGUACUUUUAUUCUUUAUGAAGGUUUGUUUGUAAUGUGGAGCAACCUGAUGUGUUGAUGGAUUAGAAACAAAUUAAAAUAAAACUGUAUUAAGUAAGUUCUUCUA